UUCUCUCCUUGCCACACCCUCUAUUCGUCGUCGUCCUCCUCCACCCGCCGGCCACAGACCACCGUUUUUCUCCAUCUCCGCUCUCCUCACCGUUGACGAAAGCAACACACGGCAGGGGGGAGGGGAGACUUUGACUUCGCCCUCCCUCCGGUCCUCCUCCGCCGGCCUCUUCCCGCCCGAUCUAAACAAGAUGUUGGGUGGUAUCCUUCAACCCACCAACCUCUCCACCACCUCACCAUCUUGCCGCCUCCGCACGUCUCCGCGUCCUCCACCUCAUGGCUCAGUCCCACCACUACCGCCAGGAACUCUUCGUCGCCGUCGCCGUCGCCGUCGCCGUCGCGGCGCUUGUGGCCGUCGGGGAGGCGUCCUGCGUCGGCUUCGACCUUCACCACCGGUCCUCCCCGGUGGUCCGGCGGUGGGCGGAGGCGCGGGGCCACCCCGCCCUCGCCGCGGAGUGGCCAGCUAAAGGCUCGCCGGAGUACUACUCUGAGCUCUCACGCCAUGACCGCGGCCUCCUCGCCCGCCGUAAUCUCGCCGGCGCCGAUGGCUUCCUGACCUUCGCGGAUGGCAACGCGACCAUCCAAAGCCUCGGAUUCUUGUACUACGCGCAGGUGGCGCUGGGCACUCCGAACGCGACGUUCCUGGUGGCGCUGGACACCGGCAGCGACCUCUUCUGGGUGCCCUGCGACUGCAAGCAGUGCGCGCCGCUCUCCGGCGGCGGCAACGCCACGGCGGAGCUCCGCCCCUACAGCCCGCGGCUGUCGUCGACGAGCAAGCAGGUGACCUGCGACAGCGCGUUCUGCGACCGGCCCAACGCCUGCAGCGCCGCCACCAACGGCAGCUGCCCGUACGGCGUCCGCUACGUGUCCGCCAACACCUCCUCCUCCGGCGUGCUCGUCCAGGAUGUCCUCCACCUCACCAGGGAGGGCCCCGGCCCCGGCGCCGCCACGGAGGCCCUGCAGGCGCCCAUCGUGUUCGGGUGCGGGCAGGUGCAGACGGGCGCGUUCCUGGACGGCGCCGGCUUCGACGGUCUGCUGGGCCUGGGCAUGGACCGGGUGUCCGUGCCCAGCGUGCUCGCCGCCCGCGGCCUCGUCGCGUCCAACAGCUUCUCCAUGUGCUUCAGCGACGACGGCGUCGGCCGGAUCAACUUCGGCGACGCCGGCAGCCCCGGCCAGUCCGAGACGCGCUUUAUCGCCAGGAGCACAAACCCGACGUACAACGUGAGCUUCACGUCGGCGAACGUCGGCAGCGAGUCGGUGGCGGUGGAGUUUGCCGCCGUCAUGGACUCCGGCACGUCCUUCACGUACCUCAACGACCCGGAGUACACGGCGUUCGCCACCAGCUUCACCUCCCAGGUUCGCGAGAGGAGAACCAACUUCAGCAGCGGUUCUUCAGGCCGUCUCCCCUUCGACUACUGCUAUAAGCUGAGCCCUAACCAGACGGAGGUGCUGCCCCCGAUCGUGAGCCUGACGACCGCGGGGGGAGCCCAGUUCCCGGUCACCAACCCGAUCAUCUUCUUGCGCGAUGACAGGAUCACCAUCGGCUACUGCCUGGCGAUCGUCAAGAACGACAUCACCAUCAACAUCAUCGGCCAGAACUUCAUGACUGGGCUCAAGGUCGUCUUCAACCGGGAGAGAUCCGUCCUGGGCUGGCAGAAGUUCGACUGUUACAAGAACGCGGUAGUGGCAGACGCCCCGGACGCGAGCCCCAGCCCGGCCCCGGGGGGCCCGAACCCGACGAAGCUCACGCCGCAGCAGAGCGACGCCAGCAACAGGAACCCCGGAGCGGCGCCGGUGCCGAGGUCGGCCGGCUCGCUCGACGCUGCACGCGCGCUGGGAGGCGGCCUCUCGCUUCUGCUUCCUCUGCUGGUGGGCGCAGCGCUUGUCUGACGCCCGUCAGCAUGCAGUUUUCUUCAGACUUCAGACCGGUUGGUGUAGCUGUAUGGUUGUGCACACACGUACAUAGAUACUGCUCGAUUUCGAUUCAGAGUUGAGGUGUAGAGAUCGUUGUUUUGCUGGUUGACAUGUUGUACUGUACUAUAUUGGAGAAGAAGUUGGUUGGUGGUGACUGAUGAGGGCCAUUUCGUGAUCA